CCUGUGCGUAUCCACCUAUUUGGAUUUUCUUUCCCUUCGCUUUACUCAUCCUUCUAUUUUCGGUUUAUUCAUUUUCUGGUGGGAAAAAUAUACCUACAUAUACGUAUAUAUACACAUACUAUAUAUAUGUAAUCUGUGUCUGUGAGCAUGCAUAUUCUUCUUCUUCUUCUUCUAGAAAAUAGAAUGUGGGUCUGUAUCUGUAUCCUCGUAUAUAACUAAACAAUAAAUUCAUCUCGGAUUAUAGAUUGAAAAGCACUGUUUUUUGCACAGGGAAGUGUGAUUUUUAGGUUCUCUUGGCUUAUGGAGGAUGUCGGGCAUGACUCCUCGCAUGCAAGCUGAUCGAUUCCUGGAUUUUCUCUCUCUGGGUUUUAUAACUUCUGAUUCAGUAAGCUGAAUCCAUUCUUGAGUUACAAUUAAUAAAGGGUUUUAGAUCGAUUUGUGGGGGCACUGAUUUUUGGUGGUUGUAGAGGGCUGGUGAAUGGGAACCCAGACAAUGGGAUCUCAAGGUGGUGGCAGUGACGGUGGUGCUACUGCGGCUAGUGGAGGUGCUAGUAGUGGUCGAAUCCAUGGGCAGAAAUCUCAUGCAUUGGCGCGGCAAGGAUCGUUUUACAGUCUUACGCUAGAUGAGGUUCAACACCAAUUAGGAGAUUUAGGGAAACCACUUAGCAGCAUGAAUCUCGAUGAGCUUCUCAAGAAUGUGUGGACUGCGGAAGCGAAUCAAGAGGUUGAUUAUGGGGCUGCGGCGGCUCCACAGCAGAGCCAGUUGGCAGCAUCAACCUCCUCUUUGCACCGGCAAUCGAGCCUCUCUCUGUCUAGGGAUCUGAGCAAGAAGACUGUUGAUGAGGUGUGGCAGGAUAUUCAACAGGGUCAACAGCAGAGUAAUAGGAAUAUUCACGGUCGGAAAGCCGCCCAUGAUAGACAACCUACUCUUGGGGAGAUGACAUUGGAGGACUUCUUGGUUAAGGCAGGGGUGGUUGCUGAAUCAUCCCCUGGCAAGAAAAAUCCGGGCCCUGUUUUAGGCGAUGAUCCGAUUGCAUUGCCCGUACAAGGUAUUCCACAACCGGCUCAAUGGAUGCACUACCAGCUCCCCUCACAACAGCAACAACAAAAUCAGCAGCAGCAGCAACAACAACAGCAGCAGAACAUGCUUGCUGUUUUCAUGCCGGGGCGCCCAGUUCAACAGGCUCUGCCUAUGGUUCCAAACUCUAUUAUGGAUGUGGCUUACCCUGAAAACCAAAUGAACAUGUCUCCAUCUGCUUUGAUGGGCACGCUCUCGGACACACCGACACCCGGGCGGAAAAGGGUUGCCCCCGGAGAUGUGGUUGAGAAAACAGUUGAGAGGAGGCAGAAGAGAAUGAUUAAGAAUAGAGAAUCCGCAGCCCGGUCAAGAGCUAGGAAACAGGCUUAUACCCAUGAGCUAGAGAACAAGGUUUCCCGUCUAGAAGAAGAGAAUGAAAGGCUUAAGAGACAGAAGGAAGUGGAGAAGGUUUUGCCAUGUGUACUACCUCCCGAGCCCAAGUAUCAGCUCCGCCGAACAAGCUCAGCUCCUCUCUAACGUCUUGUUGCAGCGGCGAACGAGUGAUAUGUAGUGCAUUGUUGUUAUGCCAGUCCAGUUUUCAUUAGCUAACUUCAGUUCUCAAAAUCUUGCCCUAAGUACUGAGCUUGAGCUGUCUUUGCUUAGGUGACUGCCUUGUGAAACUUUUUUCUUCUGUAGCUGUCUCUCCUCUUCGCUAGGCUGUCUUUCCCAGUGUGUCUUUUCCUUUUCUGUACAUUUUAUUUAUAGUUUCACCUCGGAAAUUAUGUCGGCGCCAUAGUUUUCCUGUAAUUUGUAAGUCAUCCCUUCGUUGUCCUGACAUAAAUUUUCGCCGGUCUUCAAUCUCAAGUUUUUCUUUCGUUGGAAGCUAUCGUUAGUGCUCGCCACUUGACCUGCCACAUACAGUAUAUGUUAUCAACCGUUGCAUUUUGUUUAGGAAUAUGUCACCCCACUAACUCCGCUGAUGUAUUUAAUAUUGACAAAAAAUAAUUGUAAUGUCAAACAAUCCAGGGUUUUGGCA